CCUGAAGGAUGUUCUCCGGCUGGGGGUUGCGUUCUCUCUCGUUAGUCUGUGAAUAUAUUGGACGUGUUUUGGAGGGAAGUGUGGCUACAGCACACGGCGGUUGGAGUGCCGGAAAAUGGCAGAGAUGAUCCUGGUGACAGGUGGAGCUGGUUACAUCGGUAGCCACUGUGUGAUUGAGCUGGUUAAAGCAGGACACAUUCCUGUCGUGAUAGACAAUUUUCACAAUGCCAUACAAGGUAAGGAUGGAGUUCCUGAAAGCAUUCGCCGUGCGAGUGAGAUUACAGGAACAGACAUAAUCUUCCGAGAAAUUGACCUGCUUGAUGAAUCUGCUCUACGUAAUCUCUUCAGAGAGUUCAGUUUCUCGGCUGUGAUCCAUUUUGCGGGUUUGAAGGCUGUAGGUGAAUCUGUCCAGAAGCCUCUUCUUUAUUACAAGGUCAAUCUCACAGGAACAAUUAAAUUACUGGAGACCAUGAAAGAACAUGAUGUCAAAAACAUUGUAUUCAGCAGUUCAGCAACUGUAUAUGGUUCUCCUGAUUACCUACCUCUGGAUGAGAAACAUCGUGUUGGCAGUUGCACUAAUGCUUAUGGAAAAACAAAAUACUUCAUAGAAGAAAUGAUCCAGGAUCUCUGCAAUGCAGAAAAGGACUGGAAUGCAGUACUACUUCGAUACUUCAAUCCUAUUGGGGCACAUGAAUCAGGAAAAAUUGGUGAAGAUCCUCAGGGUAUUCCCAACAAUCUGAUGCCAUACAUUGCACAGGUUGCUAUUGGACGCCGGCAGUGCCUGAAUGUUUUUGGGAAUGAUUAUGACACAGUUGACGGUACAGGUGUCAGGGAUUACAUUCAUGUUGUGGAUCUUGCUAAAGGACAUAUUGCUGCAUUGAAGAAGCUUAAAGAGAAAUGCAACUGCAAGGUUUACAAUCUUGGUACUGGAACAGGUUAUUCAGUUCUACAGAUGGUGAAAGCAAUGGAAAAAGCUUCUGGGAGAGAGAUUAAAUAUCAGAUUGUUCCACGGAGAGAAGGAGAUAUUGCUUCCUGUUAUGCCAAUCCAGCUCUUGCAGAGGAGGAGCUUGGAUGGAAGGCAGAGUUUGGAAUUGAUAAGAUGUGCCAAGAUUUGUGGUAUUGGCAAUCCCAGAAUCCUCAUGGUUUCAGCAAGAAUGAAGCACCUAAUGCAAAAUCUAACAGUUGUUUUUAAGGACAGAGAAUGUUAAACCUUUUAAUGAAAAUCUUUGUAGAAGUAGACCGGUGAACAGAUCACCAGUAAUGAAAUGCAGAUUCAAAGCUCUGUAAAUUGUGGGUGGAAUGGGGUAAAAAGGCAAAGUAGUUGUGUAGAACCUGUAGUCUGUUCCUUUUAAGGAUGAUGUGCAGGAAAACAAAAUCAGAGCACAAGCUGGUCAACUUAGAAAAUGUAAAAUUUACCACAAUACCUCAUGUUUAGUGUUGAUUAAAAUCUAUACCAGGCAGUUAAAGUGCAAUGGAAUUAAGUAUCCAAUUUGUUUUUAAUCAAGAUUUGCCUUUGUGCUUUUUUUAAAAUAUAUUGUUGAAUGAUAUUUAGAACUCUAUGAUCAAAUCUUUGGUCUUGUAACUCUAAAGUUACAGUGACUAUAUAGAAUUAUAUGCAGCACAUGGGGUGGGUGUAGCUGCUGGUGAUUCUAAACUUUUGUACUUUAGAAUAACUCCUUAGCUAUAAUUUCAUUUACAAUAAACUAAA